CCGGUAUGUUCUUAUCCUUUUAAUGAUAUGAUUGUAUGCUAAUGAUUAGAUGGCUCAUUCUCCCCCGUGUCCUCCGCAACGUGUCGCAUGUCAAUCCAUCCACAGACCUCUUUGGCAUCAAGUAUCCUCUUCCCAUCGGCAUCGCCCCGAGUGCCAUGCAGCGCCUCGCCAGUCCAGAGGGCGAGCUGGGCAUGGCCAAAGCAGCGGUUGCUAUGGGGUUGAAUCUGACUCUGUCUUCGCAGUCGACGACGUCGUUGGAGGACGUCAUUGACGCGGGCAAUCCGUCGUUUUGGUUUCAGAUCUAUCUCACGACGGAUUUGUCCAAGUCUGUUCCGUUGAUUAAGAGGGCUGAAUGUGAGUAUCUUAAACCGAUGAAUGGAACAUGUCUCACUUUUACAGCGGCAGGAUAUAAAGCUCUCGUCUUGACAGUCGACACGCCAGUCCUGGGAAACCGACUAAACGAGCGCAAAACCCCUCUCGUCCUACCACCUGGCCUUCAAUUGGCGAAUCUGAACAAAAAGGAAAAAGGAAAACCAACAUUCAACCGUCUCUUGAUGGACGCGCGAUCAGCACGGGAAGCAGACGAGAUCCUGCGCAACGCAGGGGACACAAUGCACAGCUCCUCGUUAACGUGGGAAUCAACGAUUCGGUUUCUCCGACAGACAACAUCGAUGAAAAUCAUCCUGAAAGGCAUCAUGACGCCAGCCGAUGCAAAUCUCGCAGUCGAGCACGGUGUCGAUGCCAUUAUCGUUUCCAAUCACGGCGGACGACAGUUGGACUGCGUUCCCUCCACGAUCGCCGUGUUACCUGCCAUUUCAGAAGCAGUGCAGAAGCGCAUUCCAGUCUUGUUGGAUGGAGGCAUACGCAAGGGCAGCGAUGUGUUUAAGGCAUUGGCUCUGGGGGCUGACUUUGUGCUGGUUGGAAGGCCUGUGCUGUGGGGAUUGGCAUACAAGGGACAGGAAGGCGUGGAAGCAGUGAUGAAUAUUCUGGAGCGAGAGUUUAGCCGCACCAUGGCGUUGGCUGGGGUAAUGAGGGUGGAGGAAAUUCAAAAGGAGUAUUUGGCGAUAAAUGAAAUGAGCAAGCUGUAAUGAUCCAUUCA